AUGGGGACCCGAACGAGACCAGACUCGAGCUUCUCAAGACACUACCUUACGACGAGUAAUUUCUCGGGCAAACACCUCUUGUCAACAUUCAAUAACGGAACAAAUGAACCGAAUAAUCCACCCAAGCCAGAGAGACCCGAGCCCGGUAUCGACGAUGCGCCCAUUAGCUCUAGCGACGAUGAAGUGGAGGCAGGAGAUCGAGAUAUCGUCGACAUAUCCGAUCUCGAGGAAGACAAGGAACUGAAGGCUCCGGAGAAGCAGAGUCUGGAGGAUAAACUCGCGGAGAGUAGUGCGCCUGCGCGGCGGAGUGGGAGGGCGCCGGUGUCGAAGCAGGACGGAGACGAUAAACUGGAGGUGUCGAGCUCUCAGGAAAAGACUCGGGCGAGGACUUCGAGUGCUUUGGAUGACCGGGAUAACUUGAUUGAAAUGUGGGGCUCUUCACAGCACAGCAAGAGGCGGAAGGGAGCACAAUUUUCGAGCCAGAGCAGACCUUCAGUCUCCAGUGUGCCUUCCUCUCAAGACAGCAAAUCGACGUCGAAACCGCAAAAGAACAAGAAAGCAUACGGGAAGAAGUCUCCGCAGGAGAAGAAGAAAAAGAAGGAAGAAAGCAGCUUCCAGAUGCCGAGGGAAAUCGACAUGCCUAGCCCGCCUCCGUCUAAGACUCGUGCGAAUGGAAAGAGUCCCGAGUUCAAGAACCCGCCUGCUCUGCCGAAUGGCAUCUCUUCGGAUAAUGACCCUCAGUUCGCAGACGUUUUGGAUCUACCGUCACAAGACGAUGCGUCACCGCUUAGCUCCCCGAUCAACACGCCGUCACCUCCAUCUUCAGCGUUCAAUUUUGAGUUCUCGCAGGCAGAUGAGGAAAUCACGCUACCAAAGAAGGCUUUAUGCCCUAUGUGCAAGGAGGAAGUCGAUCCCGAGGCUCUUAUGAGAUUCGAGGCACAACCAAAGCAGCGUUUCCGCGAUCAGAUGGUAUUCUGUGAAUCGCACCAGGCGUCCUCGGCUGAAAAGGAAUGGAAGAGCAAAGGGUACCCGACUAUCGAUUGGGAUAUAUUUGAUGAACGAAUCCGUGGUUAUUACGAUGAUCUGGCGAAAUUCCUGGUUCCGGAGUGUUCGUCGUAUUACAGGAACCUUCUUGACAGUGCUAUGAAAUCAGGGAAAGCGAAGAAUUUUCGGCUUACUUUGUCCGGUGGUGGAUUGGAGGAUAUAUCGUGCGGUUACUAUGGGACACGGGGGUCCGGUAAAAUGUUGCAAGCUGUGACUACGCAUUUCGCCCCUCAGCUACGUCGUCUCGCAGCCGCUGAUAAUAUCGUCAAGACCGCUGGUGUUGCUGGCUACGCACAAGCAGUCCUCGUUCCCGAAUUGGCCGUUCGACUUGUCAAGGAGGACAUGAACAUCGACGACGACCAAUCUGCUCGACAGAUCCUACGUGAUAGUAUCAGUAUCGGUGAGAAGUUGAACGCCCAAUUGAACGACGUCGUCCCGGUCCCCGAACUGGAUGAGGAUAAGGAGAACGUAGCCGCGUGA